AUUUCUCAUCAUGUCGGAUAAAAGUGAACUGAAAGCUGAAUUGGAGCGAAAGAAACAGCGCUUGGCUCAGAUCAGGGAGGAGAAGAAAAGAAAGGAAGAAGAGAAGAAAAAGAAGGAGACUGACCAGAAGAAGGAACCCGUACCUGCACAAGAUGAAUCUGACUUGGAGAAAAAGAGAAGAGAAGCCGAAGCCUUAUUGCAGAGUAUAGGAAUUACAGCCGAUACCCCCCUUGCAGUCCAACCCCUGCGAAUAGUAACAGAGGAUACGUGUCUGUUUCACUAUUUAGUCCCUCCACCAACGUCUCCCUCCUCUAAGUCUGUGAGCACACCAAGUGAGGCUGGAAGUCAAGACUCUGGAGAUGGCACUGGGGGAGCAAGUUCCAGAACCGCAGUUACCAAGAAGACACUACAUUGGGACACUGAUCCAUCAGUUCUUCAGCUCCACUCUGACCAUGAACUGGGACGUGGUCUCUUGAAGUUGGGCAUGGCCAAAAUCACUCAAGUGGAUUUCCCUCCUCGAGAAACCGUCACAUACACAAAAGAAACCCAGACCCCAAUCUUGACCCAGGAAAACGAAGGUGAUGAAGAAGAAGAGGAAACGGUGACUCCAAAACCAGCACCUGUUCCUGAAGAGGACAAACCCACUAAAAAGGAAGAAAACAGUGAAGCUCCACCACAUGAACUCACAGAAGAAGAGAAACAACAAAUAAUUCAUACUGAGGAGUUUGUCAGUUUCUUUGACCACAGCACGAGACUCGUCGAGCGUGCCCUUUCUGAACAGAUCAACAUUUUCUUUGAUUACAGUGGCAGAGAUCUGGAAGAAAAAGAGGGAGAAACACAAGCAGGUGCAAAGUUGUCGCUGAACAGACAGUUUUUUGAUGAGCGUUGGUCAAAGCAUCGUGUUGUUAGCUGUCUGGACUGGUCCUCUCAGUACCCGGAGCUGCUAGUAGCAUCCUACAACAACAACGAGGACGCCCCUCAUGAGCCAGAUGGUGUAGCACUUGUGUGGAACAUGAAAUACAAGAAGACAACCCCAGAAUAUGUGUUUCACUGCCAGUCUGCUGUAAUGUCGGCAGCUUUUGCAAAGUUUCACCCCAACCUGGUAGUUGGUGGGACGUAUUCCGGCCAGAUUGUGUUAUGGGACAACAGAAGUAACAAGAGGACGCCAGUCCAGAGGACUCCACUUUCAGCCGCUGCUCACACUCACCCAGUCUACUGUGUGAAUGUGGUUGGCACACAGAACGCCCACAAUCUGAUCAGUAUAUCUACUGACGGGAAGAUCUGUUCCUGGAGUUUGGAUAUGUUGUCUCAGCCACAGGACAGCAUGGAGUUAGUUCACAAGCAAUCUAAGGCAGUCGCUGUCACCUGUAUGUCCUUCCCAGUGGGAGAUGUCAACAACUUUGUAGUGGGAAGUGAAGAAGGCUCAGUGUACACAGCAUGUCGCCAUGGAAGUAAAGCCGGAAUAAGUGAAAUGUUUGAAGGCCACCAAGGACCAAUUACAGGCAUCCACUGCCACUCCGCUGUGGGGGCCGUGGACUUUUCCCACUUGUUUAUCACCUCUUCAUUUGAUUGGACGGUGAAGCUCUGGACAACAAAGAAUAAUAAACCUUUGUAUUCGUUUGAAGACAAUGCGGACUAUGUCUAUGACGUCAUGUGGUCUCCUACUCAUCCAGCUCUGUUUGCUUGUGUGGACGGUGUAGGAAGACUGGAUUUAUGGAACCUCAACAAUGAUACAGAGGUACCGACGGCCAGCAUCAGUGUGGAAGGAAACCCGGCCCUUAAUCGUGUCAGAUGGACUCACUCCGGGAGGGAGAUCGCUGUAGGAGACUCCGAGGGGCAAAUCUUUAUAUAUGAUGUUGGAGAGCAAAUUGCCGUGCCACGGAAUGACGAAUGGACCCGCUUUGCCAGGACACUUGCUGAAAUCAAUGCCAACAGGGCCGAUGCCGAGGAAGAAGCCGCCAACCGCAUUCCUGGUUAAACUCCGUGCAGAUUUUGAUAACUGGGAGAUCAACACUGACCUAACAAUCCCUCCAGAGCACUAGCAUGUGUCCAUUGAAAAGAUAAUGUCAGAAGAGUUGUGUGGCUGGGAUCUGUGGACUCCAAUGUUUUAUAAACUUCAUUGCAACCCAAUGCAGCGUCCCCUUUUAUUUAUCUGUACGUACAUGCCCCCGACCUGCAGUUAUAGCUAACAAAGUACAGCUUUAUUUACACUAUUGGACAGGCUGCUCAGGCAUUUCCCACUUUUUAAAAUCCAAUUAACUUCCAAAUAUGAAUCUAGAACUGGUUUCUCCUCCGCACCAUUAGGGCCGUGUGUGUGUUGAAGUGAUUGCUGUAGUCCCAGCACACACAAUAACUGCAUGCCAUUGGACACUUCCUGUAGCUUUCAUGUUAAAACCAUUACCUAGGCUGCCAUUUUAUUAAAGAAAAAUGUUUCUAACUU